AUGAGUGUUGUGACCAAGGUCUCUCCCCACUGCGUUUACCACCAACGGGUUAAGGCCAACACCAGUAUCGCGCAGCUAUUCAUUGAUAAUGUCUGUCGACAACCGAAGUCUCCUGCUAUUACCGAUAUCGACUCAGUGAUCACCUACGAAGAGUUACAUAUUAGCGCAUUAUCCCUGGCCUCCCAAUUACGCAGCAACGCAUACGCCCUAGAAGAGCCAACGGGAGUCUUGGUCAGCCCCGGAUCAUGGAACGUUAUCAUUCAGUUAGCAGUGAUGUAUGCUGGUGGGACGCUAGUUCCCGUCUAUCCAGAUGAGAGCGACGAGAAGAUACAGUGCAAGCUGGCUGGUGUCGGGGUGAAGUAUCUGAUCGUGGACGAGCCAAACAAGUUGCGCCUGCCUAUGUUCACAUGUAUCCCGGUAAGUGACCGGGGUACGCUCCUGUCCUCAGUGCAAAUGGAUGGGCUUGAAGAACAAAUCCCAGUCACUACAGCCCUUGACCACCGAACCCACAUCCUGUUCACUUCAGGCACAACAGGAGAACCGAAAGGGGUUCAAAUAUCAGCGCUCUCCCUGUUCCACAUUAUCCAUCACAUCCCCACCAGCCCACUCAAGCCCUCUGAUAUCAUGGCACACUAUAUCCCCACGACAUUCGACUACACACUCGUGGAAAUCUGGGCGCCGCUGAUUGUGGGGGCGCAGAUUGCUAUUCUGCCCUACGCUGAUGCCUUUGACGGGCGUACUCUGGAAGCAACGCUCCGAAAGCAGGGGGUCACCGUCAUGAUCAUUGUGACUGCCUUACUCAAUCUCGUCUCUUUCACUACGCCAGGGGCUUUUUCGACGUUGAGGAUGGUCCUUUUCGGUGGCGAUGCGGCUAGUCCCAAGGCUGUUGCCAGACUGCUCGAAAGCGGCGCGGCCCCCACUCGAUUAAUCAAUGCCUACGGCCCUACUGAAACAUGUUGCUGGUCUCUUACACACGAGCUUUCCAUAAACGACACCCAUUCUGAGCCCAUGAGCAUUGGAAAACCGACCGGAGAUACUAUUGCCUAUAUUCUCGACGACGCAUUGCAGCCUGUCGCCGACGGAGAGGUCGGAGAGCUUUUCAUAGGUGGGCCUGGAGUAUCACUGGGAUAUAUAAACGACGAAGAGAAGAACAAGACUUCAUUCAUCAACAUCAAAGAUCUCCCAGGAUUGGAUGAAACAACUCGUUUCUAUCGGACGGGAGACUUCGUUCGACGCGACUCUUCGUCUGGACAGGUUUACUAUCUUGGCCGACGGGACCAUCAGGUUACCGUUUUUACCAUGCGCAUUGAACUAGCUGGGGUGAAAGCGGCACUCAUGAGGACCGGUCGAUUUGCGGACGCUGUGACACUGGCAAUCGACUCUCCGAUCAAAGAAAUGGGUAAACUACUCGUUGCGUAUGUAAUCCCUGCCGAGGAUAUCGCGAAGGAUAAAAUUUUGGAUGGAAUUGAGAGCGCCCUGGCACCAUAUCUUCCAUACAUGGAGGCUAUGCCGCACAUCGAGGUCAUCGAUCGCUUCCCCCUCAAUGUUCACUUCAAAGUCGAUCGUCAAGCUCUUUCUCGAAGAUAUAUUGCAACGUGGGAUUCCUACAUGCAGCGGAAUGACAAUGAUACUGCUCACACAACAGAGCAGAAGCUUGCUUCUAUAUGGGCUGGCGUGCUAGCCAUGCCAGCCAUGGAGUUUACCAGUGAAGAUAAUUUUUUUGCGUUUAUUCGCAGUGAGUUUCAGGGAGCAUAUCUCCUACAGCAGAUCAAGCUUGUUUUUGGUGCCCAUGUUUUCCUCCACGAGCUACAGGCGAGUCCUACUUUAUGUACGAUGGCAGGGUUGAUUGACAGAAUUUUGAGGACAUGA